UGCAGCACACAACGCAGGUUGACAAAAGGACUUUUUAUCUACAGCACAGUCAAAUUCAACUGAUUGGAUAUACUAGCUCCCUAGCCAUAAUGGCCAACAACGAAACUGUAAGUUCUUGAGCUCCCCCAGGGCACGCUCAACGCUAAGGUUAUCCUCAGGGUUCGCCAGUAUCUCCAUUGAAAGCUAAUGAUGGACCUCCUGAGUCUCCUACAACAGCCCGUCCCCUGGACUUUGACAGCGAUCAAGAGACAGGCACCAUAUCAACUCCCACGAAGACGUCCAAGCCAGAAACUCUCCCUACUCUACCUCCCAAAGAUGACCCAGCACCACCCGCGAAGCCUCCCCGACCAGUGAGUCCCAGAGAACAAGCGGAAACCACCUUGAAAGAAGCCUUUCCAUCCAUUGAUGCCAAUGUGGUGCGUGCCGUUCUUUCGGCAAGCGGAGGAAACAUAGAGCCCGCUUUCAAUGCCCUCCUGGGCAUGUCAGACCCAGAAUCACAACGAGAACCUGAACCACCUGCCCGACCUCCUCGACCCACUGUCCAGCCACUUUCUUCCACGCAGAUGACUCAAAUGGAGGCAGAUGAACUUUAUGCACGACAAUUAGCAGAGCAUUAUGAAGGUGCAGAUAGACAGCAGAGAGGACGUCGUGAAUCUGGAGGACGAUACAAUGAGCACCUGCAAGGCUCACGGGUUGGACGUCCAGGUGCAAGUCCGAACUCGGAUGAUGUUCCAUGGCGGAGUUUUAUUGAUGAUGACCUACCUGAAAUCCGCGACAAUAUCAAAAAAGGAUUUAUUGAGACUCAGACCACGGUCAACAAAUGGUUGACGGCGUUCAAGAAGAAAUUGGAUGGAGAAGAUGACGAUGCCACAUUUGCUGGACAAUCAGAACAACCUCCGCCAAUGCCCCCACGGCGCAGUGGAGAUAUGCGUCGAAGUGCCGACUUGCAGCGGUAUGAUGCAGACAUGCAGCCCAUUGGCGACGAUUUUUCAAAAUUGGAGCUUCGAGAUGGUGAAGCACCACCUCGCACGUCAAGCCGACCGUUAGCCAACCCGAACCUAUUUAAAUCCAGCGAAAGACGUCCAUCGCCAGGAUCGACGCGCAAGGUAUCAUUUCAAGAUGGGCCACCUGAGGAGAUUAGAGACAUGUACUCUGCUUCUCCCAAACCAGGCAACACGACCAGCACAACUACCGCUCCAGGAUCAGGAGGCAAGAGUAGCAAAUGGCAACCUUUGACUAGUAUAGAUCCCAGCCCUGUGGCUGACAAUGAUCCAUUUAGUCUGGGGGAUAGUGACGAGGAGAAGGAUGCGAAACCAAUCACGUUGAAAGACGAUGAAGCCCCCAAGGAUGAUGCCAAGGGCGAGGAUGAGCAAGUCAAGAAAGCUACCGAUGAGGCUAUGAAGGAGAGUAUAGGCGGUGAAAGUAAGUGAGAUACAAAUCCAAGGGGAGGCAUCGGGUCAAUCGAUCAGUUAUUGAGUCAUGCAAAGAUUGCAAAGAUUGUUCUCUACUGGAUUAUAGCGGUGGAUCAACUCGUUGUAAUGAUUCCAACGAAAUGUAGCUUGUGCAGAGCACCUCAGAUAAGGCUUGACAUUGGAUUACAAGCCUCGUCUUUCCAGUGAACCGAGUAUGUCGAUAUGCAUGACUUGGACGGGGCUAUUUAAUAUUGUUUAACUUGUUACAUGCUCCGUACGUACCUAGGUAUCUACCAGUAUAGGUAAGGUUAGGGGUCCUUAAUGGAUACCUGUAAACAGUUGUGAG